AAUCACAUUUAACUUUCUUUGGUACAAGUAAUCAUGUCUUCUUCACUACUUCAUCCACUUACCUCUCCAUUUACUACUUCUCCUUCCAAACCAAACACUUUCAAGGCUCGAACCAAUGGGUUCAGAGUCUCAUGCAACGUAAAACCAACAAAUGAUGAUAACAAUGAAACCCAAAAACUCAUCCUGCCGGCCUACAAUAUUGUAGACCGAAGGAACCUCCUUGUUGGUCUCGGCGGUCUCUGUACCGCCGCCAACUUAUCUAACUUGUCAUCGGCAUUAGCUGAUCCCAUUACAGCUCCAGAUAUCACAUCCAUAUGCAAGGAUGCGACGUCAAAUAUCAAACUUGAAGGGGCGAUUAGGACAGAAAAAUGUUGUCCUCCUAGCCUUGGAAAGACGAUUAAACCUUUCGUCUUUCCAAAAGGAGGAGAAAAGGUGAGAAUGAGAUGGCCUGCUCAUAAAGGAACUAAAGAGCAAGUCGAGAAAUACAAACAAGCCAUUGCAGCCAUGCGGGCUCUUCCAGACGAACACCCGCACAGCUUUAAACAACAAGCUUCUAUCCACUGUGCUUAUUGUAACGGCGGUUACACUCAAGUCGAUAGUGGGUUUCCCGAUAUAGAUAUCCAGAUUCAUAACUCGUGGCUUUUCUUUCCUUUCCAUCGUUGGUACUUGUACUUUUACGAAAGAAUUUUGGGUACUUUGAUUAACGAUCCCACUUUCGCUUUGCCGUACUGGAACUGGGACGAUCCAGCUGGAAUGGAGCUUCCGGAAAUAUUUCUUGGUGACGAAAGCAACCCUCUGUAUGACGUGUACCGUGACCCUAAACAUCAACCCCCACUAUUAGUCGACUUAGCAUUCAAUGGGAGCGACAAGGAUCCGGAUAUUGAUCAAAAAGAGUGCAAUCUGUUCGCAGUGUACCGUGACUUGGUUAGGAAUGCGAGUGAUACCAAGAGUUUCUUUGGAGGUGAGUAUGUAGCUGGUGAUGAGCCCAUCAAGAGUGGGGAUAAAUCAAUUGGAUCUGUAGAAGCCGGUACUCACACUGCGGUCCACAGAUGGGUUGGUGACUCGAACCGGCCUAAUGGAGAGGACAUGGGUAAUUUUUAUUCCGCGGGUUAUGACCCCGUGUUUUAUUGCCAUCAUGCUAAUGUCGACCGAAUGUGGAAGCUAUGGAAGGAUUUCGGCACUCCAGGACACGUGGAACCAACCAAGGACGAUUGGUUAAAUGCUUCGUACGUGUUCUACGACGAGAAUCAAGACCUUGUUCGAGUUUAUAACAAAGACUCGGUCGAUACAAGGAAGCUCAAGUUCGAUUAUGCAAGAUCUGAUCUUGGUGAGCUCAAAUGGAGCAAGAGUCGGCCCCCCAAACGUAACGUAAAGUCACAAGCCGCUACUAUCCCACUAGGCGAUGUGAAAUCGUUGGACCAGGUGAAGUUCCCGGUUAAGCUAGACAAAAUCAUCAAGUUCCGUGUGAAGAGGCCAGCUGUGAACAGGACUGAUGACCAAAAGGCGAAAUCCAAAGAGCUUUUGUUGAUCAACGGGAUCAAAUUCAGCGCUGAUAAAUUUGUAAAGUUUGAUGUGUUUGUGAAUGACAAGGUUAACGUUGGUACGGACAAAUUUCCCACGCCUUGUGACCCUGAAUACGCGGGUGGGUUUGCUCAGGUUCCACAUAGCGAGAGGAGUAAAAUGAAGAUGACUAGUGCUGCGAGGUUCGGGCUGGACGAGCUGUUGGAUGACACAAACACUGAAGGUGACGAGUACGCGGUGGUUGCAUUGGUGCCAAGGACCGGGACCCAAGAUCUCACCAUUGAGGAAAUUAAGAUCGAGUUGGUUCCCGUUGUGUGAAACUAAAUCAUGCAUGAUAGUUCGCAGUAAUAAUAAGUUGUGCAUUUUGGCUAUACACAUAUGUACCGUGUAUGUUGUGCAGCCUAAUUAUGCCGCAUUGUGUUCCUAUGUUAUCGUUGAUGUUGGGUUGAUCUAAUAAAGUUGGUUUUCUUUUCAAA